CGCGGUAGCCCGGCUGGGCUGCUGCAUGUAGCGGCGUCUUCAUCUUUUUUUUUUUUUCUUUCCCGUCUGCCUCCAUGUUGAGUGGAUCUCGGGGCUGGGGGAGAGAAGAGGUGGUUCUGGAGUGGGCAUGGUGGCCGGAGCCCCGACGGCGGCAUCCUAGCGUGCCUUGGGAGAUUCUGGAAGAGUUGCUUCUCUAUCCUUAGCUAGCCAGCUGCUGAAACCUCUUCAAAAAUGGCUUGGGCUCUGAAGCUGCCCUUAGCGGAUGAAGUCAUCGAGUCAGGCCUAGUUCAGGAUUUUGAUGCCAGCCUUUCUGGCAUUGGCCAAGAGCUAGGUGCUGGUGCAUAUAGUAUGAGCGAUGUCCUUGCCUUGCCCAUCUUUAAGCAAGAAGAAUCCAGCUUGCCUACUGACAAUGAGAACAAAAUUCUGCCCUUUCAGUAUGUAUUGUGUGCUGCCACUUCUCCUGCUGUAAAACUUCAUGAUGAAACACUCACCUAUCUCAAUCAAGGUCAGUCUUAUGAAAUCAGAAUGCUGGAUAACAGGAAAAUGGGAGAAUUGCCUGAACUAAAUGGGAAGCUUGUAAAGAGUAUAUUUAGAGUGGUGUUCCAUGAUCGGCGGCUGCAGUACACAGAGCAUCAACAGUUGGAGGGCUGGAGGUGGAACAGGCCAGGGGACAGGAUACUGGAUAUUGAUAUCCCAAUGUCUGUGGGUAUAAUAGAUCCCAGAGCAAAUCCAACACAGUUGAAUACAGUAGAGUUUCUUUGGGAUCCUUCAAAGAGAACUUCUGUAUUUAUUCAGGUACAUUGCAUCAGUACAGAGUUCACUAUGAGGAAGCAUGGUGGCGAGAAAGGUGUGCCCUUCAGAGUCCAGAUCGAUACCUUCAAAGAAAACGAAAAUGGGGAAUACACGGAGCAUUUGCAUUCUGCCAGUUGCCAGAUCAAAGUUUUCAAGCCCAAAGGAGCAGAUAGAAAACAAAAGACCGACAGGGAGAAAAUGGAAAAGCGAACUCCUCAUGAGAAGGAAAAAUACCAACCUUCAUAUGAAACAACAAUACUUACAGAGUGCUCUCCAUGGCCUGAAAUCACGUAUGUCAACAAUGUGCCAUCACCUGGUUUUAGCAGCUCUCACAGCAGUUUCUCUAUUAGUGAAGGGAACGGGUCUCCAAACCACCAACCUGAACCUCCAGCUCCAAUUACAGAUAACCUCUUGCCAACAUCCACACCUCAGGAAGCUCAGCAGUGGCUGCACCGGAAUCGCUUCUCAGCUUUCUCACGGCUUUUCACAAACUUCUCAGGGGCAGACUUACUGAAAUUAACCAGAGAAGAUGUCAUACAAAUAUGCGGUCCUGCAGAUGGCAUCAGACUCUUCAACGCGUUGAAAGGACGGAUGGUACGGCCAAGGUUGACCAUCUAUGUUUGUCAAGAGUCACAACAGUUGAGAGAUCAACAGAAACAUGAAGAUGGGGAUGCAGCCAAUGGUACUUUUUUCGUUUACCAUGCAAUCUACUUAGAAGAAUUGACUGCUGUAGAGCUGACAGAAAAAAUAGCCCAACUCUUCAGCAUUUCCUCACAACAAAUCAGCCAAAUCUACAAACAAGGGCCUACAGGGAUUCAUGUACUCAUCAGUGAUGAGAUGAUACAGAACUUUCAAGAUGAAUCAUGUUUUGUCUUGGACACAAUGAAAGCUGAAACCAAUGAUAGCUACCACAUCAUCUUAAAAUAGAUGAAGACUUGACCUUCUUUCAUCUGCUCUGCAUAUACAACUUCAUUAUAAGUUUUGGCAACUGGACACCAGCAGAGACCCAUCUUGCUACCACAACAUGUUGCCGCCUAUUAGGCAAACAAUGUGGAAUUUACCACCACUGGCUUGUAGUAGAUACCAGUCAUAAGCACAGAGCUGCUUAUUUGUAGUUCAGUAAUAUUACUACACUUGUUUGCUAGUUAAAACUGCCAGACUAUCCAGUGAUGGAACUUUGUAAUUGUAUGUACUAGAAAGAGGGUUGUGUGAAGCUGUCUGCAGACAACAACCCUAGGACUUCAAUAGAUGAAACAUUGUUGUUGUAAUGGAUAUCUGGGCACCCUAGGAAUUGUGCAUCCUUUCUAGGGAAACUCUUGAAGGCCUGUAUCACUCAGUUGAUAACGACAAGCCUAUUUUUAGCAAAUUCUGGAUUGAAAAAACUGUUCCUGCUUUGACUUUUUCAGAACUUGUUUGAGAUAAAGAUCUGUGUAUCAAAAGGUGCUCAUAUACAUAAGUAUGUGAAUGAUUUAUCGUACUAGUACAAUUUAGGAGUUCAUGAACUCUACCUAGUUGGGGCUUCACCUAAUACUCCUGUUAAAGAGGAUUCAGAGGCAAAAAAAGAAAGAAAAAAAAUGAUGAACUAAAUAUCCAGGGCUAAAUAUCCUGUUUUCAUAAAGAACACAACUCCCAAGAAAGAGAGAAAAGACCAUUUUAAAAAACAGCAAAAAAGCAUUGGAAGGAUUUAUUUGAGAUUAUGUUGAACUGAUACAGACUUUGGAAUGAAAUCCUACAGGAAUUCACUGUCCAAGAAUAGGCUCAUACAGCAAGAAUUUUAUAAUGCUUUUUUGAAAAGCUUUGAGCACUCCGUGGUGACAAAGUCCCUGAGUGUUUGUUUCCAGGGCAGCAACCAGUCUCUCACUAAAAGGUCUCCACAUUUUGGAAUGAAUGCAUUUUUUUGAGUCUUGCAGGGAAAGAAGGGGAAACUAUUUUAGCUACAGGAAAUAAUGUCCUCAAAUUAGAAGUAGACAGCAAGUCUAAUGAACAAAGCCAGAUUCUCCGUAACCUUUUCAGUCCCCCUAGCAAAAUGAAAAAUCUCUGCAAGCUGUAGAUUUCACAUACCAGAGUGUAAUGUGCUCUUGCAUAAGCUAGGUUCUCUUCCUAGUCAGUAGACAAGAGGCCAGGAAGCUGAUAUAGGCCGACAUUAGCCUAAGGCUAAGAGUUUGAGAAAAGGGAUUUCAUUUUUAUUAAAUGGAAACCAAGUCAUCUGUUUCCUAGUGAUAUCAGAUUAUUUGAGAAGUUUUUCAUUUUAAACAAGUUUCAUUAAAAAAAAAACCUAUUGGGUUAAGAAAAGAGAACUACACUUUAAAAAGAGAUCUGUAGCUUUACCAUUUUUAAGUGUAAUCUGAGAGUUCAUACUUGAUGCAUUGAUUAAAAAAAAAUCAGCUUUUUCAGAUUGCCCUUCGAGCAGUGGUGAAAUCUAAAAUUUGUUACAACCAGUUCUGUGGGUGUGGUUUGGUGGGGGGUAAUGUGACGGUGGGCGUGGCCAUUUUUUUUUUUUUUUUUACUUUUAAAACCAUUUUUUCUAUAACCUCUUCAGGGAAGAGGUUGUAAAAAAAUGCUUUCAAAAAGCUUUGACAAUCUCAGCUGAGUUGCCUGAUCGGCAGAGGCUUUUUUUCUUUUAAAAGCCUCUGACGAUCAGGCAACUCAGCUGGGAUCAUCAGAGGCUUUUUUUUUUACUUUUAAAAGCAUUUUUUCAGCCAAAGAGGUUGUAGAAAAAAUGCUUUUAAAUUUUUUUUAAAAAGCCUCUGAUGAUUGUGCGGGUCAGCUGGGCAUGUGGGGGGGACAGGGAUUUUUGCUACCGGUUCUCCGAACCACCUGCCUCCAUCACUACCAGAUCAGGCGAUCCGGUCCGAACCGGGAGCAUUUCACCCCUGCCUUGGAGCUCUUAUUUAUAUUAUUUUUAUCUUAUUUCCCAGGAUGAUCACCAGGUUGGUGAUCAUCACCCAGGAUGAUCACCAACCUAAAUUAGGUUGUUGUUUGCUUUAACUCUGUACCAGAAACUCACAUGGUCCGUCAGGAUGCUUGAGGAGACUGGAUAUAGUGAUAUAGCUAAAUUAAUGGUGACCUACAGAUUUUUAUUAUUCCUAGUGGAUUGUGUGCAUAGGCAUAGUGAUAGAGUUAACAGUUGAUUGAUAGAGUCCCUUGAUCAGUUUUUAAGGACAUGCCUUGCACUAUGACAAGGCUGGUAGUAUUCUUAGUUGUAUGGUAUGUGUUUAUAAGACAGCAACCUGGCUUUGUGAUUUGAGUACAGUAAAAUGUCGCUUAUUAGAACACAAGCAAACCUGGUCACUUGUUAUUGUUCCUCCUUUUCUCCAUUGUGUAUCCACCUUCAGAGGAAAUAGCUUUGCAUCUUAAGCCAAAGUUUCCCACUUCAGACCUCAUAGGAAACUGUGUCUCAACCCUUUUUAUAUCAAGCUGUAAAACUAGAAUCAAAUUGACAUAAUUUUUAAACCGACCAUCAUCCUUCGUACUCAGUCUGUCAAGCAGUACAUACACUCCAUAAAUGACAGCUUGUUUUUUCUUCCUUUCUCAAACCUGUGUUGAAUCACUUGGGGAUAUUUUUUUUUCCUCCUAAGAGCAUGUAUGAGAGUGUUUGCCAUUCUUCCUGGAACUGUAAUGAUUUGUCAUAUUGUUUUUGUUUUUGGUAAACCACUGAAUUAAACGAUGAGCUAUAAAA